AGCAAGUUUUGUUCCCCAAGACAGUCAUGACUGACUGAAUAACUGAGUGCUGGAUCGAUGACCAGGAAUUCACUGAGAUGACAUAGGGAGGAGGGAAAAGGACAAUGGUGCAGAAAAAGAAAAUCUGCCCUCGGUUACUUGACUACCUUGUGAUCAUUGGAGCCAGGCAGCCAAGUAGUGAUAGUGUUGCUCAGACACCUGAGCUGCUACGGCGUUACCCUCUGGAAGAUCACGUGGACUUUCCUCUGCCGCCUGACGUCGUGUUCUUCUGCCAGCCAGAAGGAUGCCUGAGCGUGCGCCAGAAGCGAAUGAGCUUCCGUGAUGACACUUCCUUCGUCUUCACGCUCACAGACAAGGAUACAGGUGUCAUUCGCUAUGGAAUCUGUGUCAACUUCUACCGCUCUUUCCAGAAGCGAGUACCCAAGGAGAAGGGAGAAAGCACAGGGGGACACAAGGCUCGGGACGGUCAGAAAAUCCCCAAAGGUGGUGACGCUUCUGUCCCCCAAGAAGAGGCCGGGACCGAGAGUUCAGAGAGCGGUUCCUCACUGCAGGCUCCAAGUACAGAGGCUGCUGCAGAUGUGAAUCGAUCACCACGCAGUAAACGUCUGGCUAAAGGCAGCCAUCGCUCUCGGAAUAGCACUCUGACAUCCCUGUGUAUCCUCAGCCAUUAUCCCUUCUUUUCCACUUUCCGUGAGUGUCUGUAUACUCUCAAGAGACUUGUGGACUGCUGUAGUGAGAGGCUGUUGGGCAAGAAGCUGGGGAUUCCUCGUGGAGUGCAGAGGGACACUAUGUGGCGGAUUUUCACAGGCUCCCUGCUGGUGGAAGAGAAGUCCAGUGCAUUGCUGCAUGACCUGCGGGAGAUCGAGGCCUGGAUAUACCGUCUGCUCCGUUCGCCGAUGCCUGUGGCUGGCCCGAAGCGCGUGGGUGUGGGAGGCCCGCCACACGAGCUGCAGCCAGCUUUGACCUUUGCUCUUCCUGAUCCGUCCCGCUUCACCUUAGUGGAUUUUCCAUUGCAUCUGCCUUUGGAGUUGUUGGGAGUGGAUGCCUGUCUGCAGGUGCUGACCUGUAUCCUCCUGGAGCACAAGGUUGUUUUGCAGUCCCGAGAUUAUAAUGCACUUUCCAUGUCUGUGAUGGCCUUUGUGGCUAUGAUCUACCCGCUAGAGUACAUGUUUCCAGUGAUUCCACUCCUUCCUACCUGCAUGGCCUCUGCAGAACAGUUGCUUCUGGCUCCUACACCUUACAUCAUUGGUGUUCCAGCAAGUUUCUUCCUUUAUAAACUGGAUUUCAAAAUGCCUGAUGAUGUAUGGCUUAUUGACCUGGAUACCAAUAAAGUAAUUGUUCCCACAAAUGCAGAAUCUUUGCCAUUACUGCCAGAGCCAGAAGCUUCAGAGCUGAAAAAGCAUCUGAAACAGUGUCUGGUUAGCAUGACUGCAAUCACUCAGCAACAGCUGCUCACCCCUGACAACAAGGCCCUGGCCAGCAUGAGUCUGAAUACUCAGCCCAUUCUUAAUCUAGAAAAGUUUCAUGAGGGGCAGGAGGUGCCAUUGCUGCUGGGAAGACCUCAGAGUGACUUGCAGUCCACUCCCUCCACAGAAUUCAACCCUCUGAUUUAUGGCAAUGAUGUGGACUCUGUGGAUGUGGCUACCAGGGUUGCUGUGGUGGGGUUCUUCAAUUCGCCGAAUGUUUUGCAAGGGUUCCAGAUGCACACUCGUACUCUUCGUCUAUUCCCACGACCAGUAGUGGCCUUUCAGGCUAAUUCCUUUCUUGCCUCUAGGCCAAAGCAAACACCUUUUGCAGAUAAGCUUUCCAGGACCCAGGCAGUAGAAUACUUUGGCGAAUGGUCGCUCAACCCUACUAACUAUGCUUUUCAAAGAAUUCAUAACAACAUGUUUGACCCAGCACUGAUUGGUGACAAACCCAAGUGGUAUGCUCACCAGCUGCAGCCCAUCCACUAUCGUGUCUAUGACAGUAAUUCCCAGCUGGCUGAAGCCCUGAAUGUCCCAGUAGAGAAGGAAACAGACUCUGAUCCAACUGAUGACAGUGGCAGUGACAGUGUCGACUAUGAUGACUCAAGUUCCUCCUACUCCUCCCUUGGUGACUUUGUCAGUGAGAUGAUGAAAUGUGACAUUAAUGGCGAUACUCCAAAUGUUGAUCCCCUGACUCAUGCAGCCCUUGGUGAUGCGAGUGAAGUGGAAUUUGACGAUUUUCAAGAAUAUUCAGGGGAUCUGGAUGAACCGGCCAUGGACAGUGAGAACUCCCAAGAGAACAACCAGCCUCGUUCAAGUUCCAGCACUACAGCCAGUAGCAGCCCCAGCACUGUCAUCCAUGGAGUGAAUCAUGAGUCAGCAGAUUCAGCAGAGAUGGAAGACAAGAUAGUUGCUGGGUUUUCAAACCAUAUCCCUUCCUUGCAACUACCACCAAACUUUCCCAAGAUGAGCUUGGACCAUCGUGAGAAUGACAGCCCAGCCGGCAGCAUGAGCUCUGCAGAAGGGGUGGUGAGGAAGCGAGAGUACGACAACCCCUACUUCGAACCACAGUAUGGAUUUCCUACAGAGGAUGAGGAUGAUGAGCAGGAAGAGAGCUACACCCCAAGAUUUAACCAGAAUAUCAAUGGAAGCAGGUCUCAGAAGCUACUGCGCCCAAACAGCUUAAAACUGGCCAAUGAUUCUGAUGCAGAUUCAGACUCCAGGGCCAGUUCCCCAAACUCUACCAUCUCCAAUAACAGCAGUGAAGGCUUUGGGGGCAUCAUGUCUUUUGCUAGCAGCCUGUACAGAAACCACAGUACAAGUUUUAGUCUGUCCAACUUAGCCCUACCAACCAAAGUUGGGAGAGACAAGAAUACUCCCUUUCCCAGCCUAAAAGUAUUUGGGUUAAAUACUAUAAUGGAGAUUAUUACUGAAGCUGGCCCAGUAAGCAAUGAAGGGAACAGACGAGCCCUUGUGGAUCAAAAAUCUUCAGUCAUCAAGCACAGCCCAACAGUGAAGAGAGAAUCUCCAUCACCUCAGGGACGAAGUAGCAACUCUAGUGAGAACCAGCAAUUCCUGAAGGAGGUCGUACACAAUGUUCUUGAUGGGCAGGGUGUUGGCUGGCUGAACAUGAAGAGAGUCCGACGUCUGCUGGAGAGCGAGCAACUCCGCGUCUUUGUCCUGAGCAAACUAAAUCGCACCAUCCAGUCAGAAGAAGAUGCUCGACAGGACAUCAUACAGGAUGUGGAGAUCAGCCGCAAAGUUUAUAAAGGCAUGUUGGACUUGCUGAAGUGCACUGUGUUGAGCCUCGAGCAGUCAUACGCAAAUGCUGGCUUGGGAGGCAUGGCCAGUGUUUUUGGCCUGCUAGAGAUAGCACACACUCACUAUUACAACAAAGAACCAGAGAAAAGAAGAAGAAGUCCAACGGAUGGUGCGAUCACUCCAGUUGGCAAGGAUCCUGCAUCAACCCCGAGAGCAGAGCCGAAACCUGUGAUGCAGAUGCCAGUGUCUCAGCUCAUGCCAAAGGCACCAAGUCCUGCAGGGAAAGGGUCAAGGGAGUUUGAUACGAGGAGUCUAAAGGAAGAAAAUUUUAUUGCUUCUAUUGGUGUGUACUGAGGUGCAUGUGAGGUGCGGGG